AUGGCUACGACAAGUUCCCUGGGCGACAUUCCGAUCUAUCGGAUAGACCUCGGACAGAGCCCAGAGCUCCGAUAUGUGAAGCUGGCCACUGAUUUCGCAGAAAGGAUGCAAGCGGUCGCACCUCUGUUUGACGAGGUCCUCGAAUGUUUCCUAAUCCCCAAGCACAUGAUUCGCUUGCUCAAGCUUGUUUCCCGUAUCGCCCUCCGGAAAGUCUUUGACGAUGAACAAACACGGGAAAUCAAAGCCAUUGCUAAAGUAGCCGGUAUUGACAGAUACUUGGUGGUGGCACUGAACGUCUUUCUCGACCUCCUUCUGGGCUGUACGUCAGGGGCUAUUCUGACUCGACCAGAGUCUGCACACACAACCAAAGAGCACAUCUCGGAUCGACUGAUUCACUUUCGCACUCUGGAAUGGGACAUGGGAUCUCUCAGAUCGCUUUUGGUAGUCUUGGAAUUUGUGGACAGCCGAAAGGCUGAACCGGGCCGCGUGAUCGCGCGGUCGGUCACAUACGCAGGGUUUGUGGGUGUUUUGACUGGCGUACGACAGAAUCUCUCGUUAUCCCUCAACCACCGUCCUGUUCACGAUUGCAACGAUUCUUCGCUACGAAGGCACCAGCUGCUUGUCGUGCUCGGUAUCCGAGAAUCUAUUUCGUCCGUGUUGCGCCGAGCCCUUAUGAGCGAGAACGAUGAUGACAAUAUGUCGGCAACCAAGGACGGCAGAGUGCCAGAAAAACGACCAGACAGACUGUCACAAAUUGCUACCAAAGCGAAAGAACUUGCAUCGAGAACGACUUCGCCUUGCUACGUUACUCUUUGCGACGGAAAAGAUGUCGCGAUCGUUUUGAAAGAUUUGACAGAUGGCAAAGUCAAGACUAGCUCAUAUUUCAUGAUACAAACGAAUCAUGACGUGGAACAUGGGUCAUGCUGCAGUCACAAAACAAAGAAGCCAGAGUCGUCCGAGCUUCAUGUGGAAUAUUUGGGAGGAGAUGAGUGGCUUGCCGAGUCCCAAGAUCGUCUGGGUGCUCUACAGAGUAGGUGGUUGGGACAUGUUAAGGCUCACUCGGAUGAUCCUAGUGUGACAAGUCUGGCCAGUGGAAACGGAAUUUGCUUGGACUCGCCCCAAGCUCAACUUAACGACAGACUCACUCUUUCUGGCAUUAGUGAGAGGAGACUUCUUAAGUGGGUUCGAUCGCCUCCCACGACUAACAAUCUUACUCAUUUCAGCUGUCUAAUGGAUCCUCAUACUGGAGAAAUUCGAGGAUUGACCCGAGGCCCCGACCCAUCGAGUAUUGAGUAA